GUGGGGCAGUCACUGCUGUUGUGUGUGGAGAUCUCUCAGAGCAGCAGCCCCUGAUCAUAUGACUCCUCCUCCUCCAUGUGACUGAUCACAUGACGGUGACAUCAUCGCAGGUCCUGUAAGCACACGGCUCCUCUACAGAUACAGGUUUCUCCAAUCCAGGAUCCUCUGCUGAUAUCUUCUAUAUAAGAGAAUUCUCCUGGAUGACCCAUCAACCAUGGAGAGAGACAGGAACAAGAUGGCCGACAGGAUCAUAAACCUCACAGUACAGCUACUCUUCCGGCUUACUGGAGAGGAUUAUACAGUAGUGAAAAAGUCCUCUAGUGGGCGCUGUCGGGCCCCUGUGUAUGAAGGAUGGGGAAGAACCCUGAGCCCAAUCCCGGGGCCCCCACCUCACUCCCUGAUACAUGAGGAAAUGGAUGAACAGAAAAUCCGAGAACUCAUCAACAAGAUGAUGGAGCUGCUGACUGGAGAGGUUCCUAUAAGGUGUCAGGACGUGGCGGUCUAUUUCUCCAUGGAGGAGUGGGAGUAUGUAGAAGGACACAAGGAUCAGUACAAGGAUCAGGUCAUGAUGGAGGAUCAGCAGCCCCUCACAUCACCAGUCAGAUCCAGUAAGAGAACAGCACCAGAGAGGUGUCCCCGUCCUCUUGAUCAGCAGUAUAAGGAAAACAUUCCUACAGAGAAAGAUCUGAACAAUAUUAAUGCUACAGACAUAAAGGAAGAAGAAGAGACAGAUGUGAGCGGUGAUGAGCAGUAUAAGGAGGAUGUUCCUACAGGUAACCGCCCAGAUUCUUGUACCAGGAGAUCAGAGGAGAAUCUUAUAUCUUCAGAUUAUAAAGCAGAUGAUGAUAUCACACAAGAUACAUAUGAAGAACAUUCCAUUAUCCCAGAUACACCCUCAGCCCUUCACAGCCAAGAUCUGUCAUCUCAUCCUUAUAUACAGGUCCGGUCUUCUCAUUCAUCACUGGAUGUUCAGCAAAAUAAAAGCCACAGAAGGGGUGUUGGACAUCAACGAGCUCAUACAGGAAAGAAACCAUUUUCAUGCUCAGAAUGUGGGAAAUGUUUUACUAAGAAAUCAGUUCUUGUUGUACAUCAAAGAACUCACACAGGGGAGAAGCUGUUUUCAUGUUCACAAUGUGGAAAAUGUUUUACUAAGAAAUCAAGCUUUGUUGAUCAUCAAAAAACUCACACAGGAGAGAAGCCGUUUUCAUGUUCACAAUGUGGGAAAUGUUUUAUUAAGAAAUCACAUCUUGUUACACAUCAAAGAACUCACACAGGGGAAAAGCCAUUUUCAUGCUCAGAAUGUAGAAAAUGUUUUACUCAGCAAUCACAUCUUGUUAUACAUCAAAGAACUCACACAGGGGAGAAGCCAUUUACGUGUGCAGAGUGUGGAAAAAGUUUUGCUGACAAAUCAAAUCUUGUUUAUCAUCAAAAAACUCACACAGGAGAGAAGCCAUUGUCCUGUUCAGAAUGUGGAAAAUGUUGUACUAAGAAAUCAGAUCUUGUUAAACAUGAAAGAAUUCACACAGGGGAGAAACCAUUUUCAUGUUCAGAAUGUGAAAAAUGUUUUACUAAGAAAGCAACACUUAAAAGACAUAUAAGAACUCACAGGAGAGAAGCCAAUUCAGAGCAAUAUUAACCAUGUACAUAGGAUAUCUGACAUUUAUACAUAUAUCAUAUACUGCAGGGGUCUCAAACUGGCGGCCCUCUAGAUGUUGCAAAACUUCAACUCCCAGCAUGCCUGUGAGGGGAGUCAGCUUGUUAUAGGUUUUUAUAUAACCUUUUAUAAUAAUCCUUUAUAUGAUUAUACGCCAUUUUGUAUAUCAUCACCAUGUUGUCUAUAGUCCACCAUCUUGUCUAUGUUCCUUCAUUAUGAACUGAGUGUGAACUUUACCAGAAUUAUAACCAGGAAACUUGUAAACAAGAACCACAACUGCUGAGCGUACAGAAAACUCCAAGGCUACUGAGUCUGAAGAUGUUCACACUUCCCGUCCUUCCUACUUAGAGAUAAGACGCCUGUUUGUAACCAGGUAUCAUUGGGGAGUUUGCCGUCCUUUCAUCUUUGCCUAUAAGAAUUCUGCUGUAUGUAGUAAACGUCAGAAGACGCUGUAUACAGAUCCCAGUCUGUGUCAUUUCUUCCAAUCUAUCAGGCCUGAUUGAUAAAACAUUUCCAAUUUGGCCUCGAACAGCAAAUGUACCUGAAGGAAUUGGUUAAAUUCCUUAACAUGGCCAACAACGGUUAUCUGCAGCCAACGGCUGUCCGGGCAUGUCCUGGCAUGCUGGGAGUUAAAGUUAUACAACAUCUGGAGGGCCACCAGUUUGAGACCCCUGAUA